CGGUUGCCCAUGCGGCCCUAGGGCUGGGAGCGCCGCGCCGCGCUGCGCCGCGCUCCGCUGCGGGGAGGCCAUGACGGAACCUUCCCAGGCCUCGACCCCGGCCCCGGCCGCGCAGCCCCGUCCUCUUCAGUCCCCAGCCCCCGCCCCAACUCCGACUCCUACCCUCAGCCCGGCUUCGGCCCCGACUCCGGCUCCCACUCCGGCAUCAGCCCCAGCCCCAGCUACAGCCCCAGCCGGGAGCACAGGGACCGGGGGGCCCGGGGUAGGAAGUGGGGGUACCGGGAGCGGGGGUGAUCCGGCUCGACCUGGCCUGAGCCAGCAGCAGCGCGCCAGCCAGAGGAAGGCGCAAGUCCGGGGGCUGCCGCGCGCCAAGAAGCUUGAGAAGCUAGGGGUCUUCUCGGCUUGCAAGGCCAAUGAAACCUGCAAGUGUAAUGGCUGGAAAAACCCCAAGCCCCCCACUGCACCCCGCAUGGACCUGCAGCAGCCAGCUGCCAACCUGAGCGAGCUGUGCCGCAGCUGUGAGCACCCCUUGGCCGACCACGUGUCCCACCUGGAGAAUGUGUCAGAGGAUGAGAUUAACCGACUCUUGGGGAUGGUGGUGGACGUGGAGAAUCUGUUCAUGUCUGUUCACAAGGAGGAGGAUACGGACACCAAGCAGGUCUAUUUCUACCUCUUCAAGGUGAGCUUCUUCCAACUCCUGCGGAAAUGCAUCCUGCAGAUGACUCGGCCCGUGGUGGAGGGGUCCCUGGGCAGCCCCCCAUUUGAGAAGCCUAAUAUUGAGCAGGGUGUGCUGAACUUUGUGCAGUACAAGUUUAGUCAUCUGGCUCCCCGGGAGCGGCAGACAAUGUUCGAGCUCUCGAAGAUGUUCCUGCUCUGCCUUAACUACUGGAAGCUUGAGACGCCUGCCCAAUUUCGGCAGAGGUCUCAGGCCGAGGACGUGGCUACCUACAAGGUCAAUUAUACCAGAUGGCUCUGUUACUGCCACGUGCCCCAGAGCUGCGAUAGCCUUCCCCGGUACGAGACUACUCACGUCUUUGGGCGGAGCCUUCUCCGCUCCAUCUUCACCGUUACCCGGCGACAGCUGCUGGAGAAGUUCCGGGUGGAGAAGGACAAGCUGGUGCCCGAGAAGAGGACCCUCAUCCUCACCCACUUCCCCAAAUUCCUGUCUAUGCUGGAGGAGGAGAUCUACGGGGCAAACUCUCCAAUCUGGGAGUCGGGCUUCACCAUGCCGCCCUCAGAGGGAACCCAGCUGGUGCCCCGGCCGGCUACAGUCAGCGCUGCGGUUGUUCCCAGCGCCCCCAUCUUCAGUCCCACCAUGGCUGGGGGCAGCAACAGCUCCUUGAGCCUGGAUUCCGGAGGGGCUGAGCCCAUGCCAGCAGGUGAGAAGAGGAAGCUCCCAGAGAACCUGACCCUGGAGGAUGCCAAACGGCUCCGUGUGAUGGGCGACAUCCCCAUGGAGCUCGUCAAUGAGGUCAUGCUCACCAUCACGGAUCCCGCGGCCAUGCUGGGGCCUGAGACGAGCUUGCUGUCGGCCAACGCCGCCCGGGAUGAGACUGCCCGCCUGGAGGAGCGCCGCGGCAUCAUCGAGUUCCAUGUCAUCGGCAACUCGCUCACACCCAAGGCCAACCGGCGGGUGUUGCUGUGGCUCGUAGGGCUGCAGAACGUCUUCUCCCACCAGCUGCCACGCAUGCCCAAGGAGUACAUCGCCCGUCUCGUCUUUGACCCGAAGCACAAGACUCUGGCCUUGAUCAAGGACGGGCGGGUCAUUGGUGGGAUCUGCUUCCGCAUGUUUCCCACCCAGGGCUUCACGGAGAUUGUUUUCUGCGCUGUCACCUCAAAUGAGCAGGUCAAGGGCUAUGGGACUCACCUGAUGAACCACCUGAAGGAGUAUCACAUCAAACACAACAUUCUCUACUUCCUCACCUACGCCGACGAGUACGCCAUUGGCUACUUCAAAAAGCAGGGCUUCUCCAAGGACAUCAAGGUGCCCAAGAGCCGCUACUUGGGCUACAUUAAGGACUAUGAGGGCGCGACACUGAUGGAGUGUGAGCUGAACCCGCGAAUUCCCUACACGGAGCUGUCCCACAUCAUCAAGAAGCAGAAGGAGAUCAUCAAGAAGCUGAUUGAGCGCAAACAGGCACAGAUCCGAAAGGUCUACCCCGGGCUCAGUUGCUUCAAGGAGGGUGUGAGGCAGAUCCCUGUGGAGAGCGUCCCUGGCAUUCGAGAGACGGGCUGGAAGCCGCUGGGGAAGGAGAAGGGGAAGGAGCUGAAGGACCCAGACCAGCUCUACACGACCCUCAAAAACCUGCUGGCCCAGAUCAAGUCCCACCCCAGUGCCUGGCCCUUCAUGGAGCCCGUGAAGAAGUCGGAGGCCCCAGACUACUACGAGGUCAUCCGCUUCCCCAUCGACCUGAAGACCAUGACGGAGAGGCUGCGCAGCCGCUACUAUGUGACCCGGAAGCUCUUUGUAGCUGACCUGCAGCGGGUCAUCGCUAACUGCCGCGAGUACAACCCCCCAGACAGCGAGUACUGCCGCUGCGCCAGCGCCCUGGAGAAGUUCUUUUACUUCAAGCUCAAGGAGGGCGGGCUCAUUGACAAGUAGUCUGGCUUUGGACCUCGGCCUCAACCUGGAAUGCCUCCACCUCGGCUUCUGAUCUAAUCCCUGGGGUGCCCUUGUGCCCCGGUCUGCCUCAGUUUGAGACACUCCAGCCAGGGGCCCUCCAGCCCCUGAUCCUGCAGCCGUUUCAGGGCCCUGGGACACCCCCAAGCCUGCAGCUCUGUCCCACCCUUCAUUGUGUCUGACCUUGGGAAGGGGUCUCUCAGGUCUGGGGUUCAGCCCCUCUAAGAGUGGCUGGUGGCCAGAGGAUGAACCCUGUCCAGCCCUGGUGGCCCCCAGUCCUGCCUGAUCCCCCCUUCUCCCCACCCCCACCCCCAACACACACACACACACACACACACACACACACACACACACACACACACACUCCCCCAAGCUAUGGAGUUUUGGAGUCCUGGCCCUGGCCCAGGUCACUGUUUCCUCAAGGGCAGGAUUGCCAACUUUAGCUUGAGUGAGGGGGCUUCAGGGGUUGGAAGUUCAACCUGGACUGGAGGGGCCGUGCCUCACCCUGCACUGUUCUGUUUGUCCCCCAGGGGUGGGGGGCAUGGGGACCAUUCAUUUCCUGGCAUUAAUCCCUUGGAGGGAACAAUAAAGUUUUGGGGUUUUUAUUCUCA